CCUGGAUGAGACUUUCACUUUCCAUUUCCCUGCUGGGUCCAUCAGCCCAGAGUCUGCUUCUCCUUAUGACUCAUAUGUGCAGUUGGUGGCUAGAUCUACACAGCUAAGGCCAUCUGGGUCCUGUUUGAGCUCAUCCAGGCUGUGAAUCUCCGAGAGCAGACACUUCAUCAAGGAAGCCCCUGGCCAUCUCCAGGACAUGGCAGACAGAGAUGACCUGCAUCGCCUAGUGACUGAAGAUGGCGCCUGGGAGGCAUUCGUGUCUAAGGCCAAGUUGUCCAGGGAUAAGGCGCUUGCCCUGCACAAAUUGCUGAGGGACCUGACUGCGCUCUCAGCCCUAGCAGACAGACACAGGCUUCAAGAAGACCUCCAGGGCAGGAAGAAGUUUCAGAAAGCAUUUCCUCGCCUGAGAGCAGAGGCAGAGGAGCAAAUCAUGCAGCUCCGGGCCCUGGCUGACCAUGCUGAGUCAGUGCACAGGGGCUGUGCCAUCUCCAACUUAGUGGCUGACUCCUUCAGCACUGCCUCCGACAUGCUGGGCCUCCUUAGUCUGUUUCUGGCUCCAGUGACAGCAGAGGGCAGUCUGAUGCUCUCAGCAACUGGGUUGGGCCUGGGGGUAGCAGCUACUGUGACUAGUGUUGCUACUUCAAUUGUGGAGGAAACAAGCCGUUUUUCGGAAAAAGAGAAAGUCAGUCACCUUGCUUCAACCGGCAUGGAAGUGCUGGAGGCUGAAACAACCAUGGCCAGGAUAGCCGGCAAGUUACCUCAGGCUGCCAAAGAUAUCACCAAUGACCUCAAAGCCCUUCAGCAGCACAUGGAUGCCCUCAGGCUGGUUAGAGCCAACCCUCACUUAGAGGAAGAUGCCAGGAUCCUCGCCGCCACAGGAAAGAUCUCAUCCCAACGUGCUAGACGGGUGCAGACCACUUUGAAAGGAACCCCUCUGGUGAUGAGCAAUGAAGCCCGCAUCAGGAGUGCCACUGCUGCAGGUGUGUCUCUCUUGAAAGAUGUUGACAGCCUUGUGAAAAAGUCAAAGCAUUUGUACGAAGGCACACAGUCAGAGUCUGCUGGAGUACUCAGGAUGCUAGCUCAGGAGCUGGAGGGGAAGUUGGAGAUGCUCACCAAAUUCUACAAGACACUCUGAUCAGGCUCCAACUAGUCACCCCAGCUCCGAAGACAUGCUGAGGUCAGGGGGAAGGAACUAGACGGAAUGGGGACAGUGGAGACACUGUUAGAGGGGGAACAAUUGUGCCAUCAGAUCCGUGGGACAGAGAUCCAGGCCUACAGUUGAUCACGGCAGGUUAGUGUGCAUAGCAGUGGGCAAAUGAGUCCAACUGGAGCCUAAGACAGGGAACGAAGGAUGUGCCAAAGAGGAACCAGAGAGGGUGGCCUCUGGACGAAAUGUGGAAGAUGUCAGUUAUCAGAAAGACUGGACAGUUCCCCCCAUCUCCACUAUCAGAAACAAGGCAUGGGAGAGAAGAACCCACAAAACACAAGCUCGAGAGAUGUGUGCUGUGUAAAUAAGCCAAGAUGCCCAGCCUUGCCCAGUCCCCAGUCCACUCCCAUCCUCAAGCAUGUCCUCAUCCCUAAAUAAACGGCUCUUACUGACUCCUCA